AUACUUCAACAUUUGCACCAUGGCCCGCUUCAUUCCAAGUGACGAAAUUGACGCAACAUUCAAGUCCAAGUACACAGACUUGAUAUCCGCACCUCUGGGUUCAAAAGUACUAUCCUGUAGUGAUGAGUGGUUCGCUGCUGCGGAAAACCUGAUUACCCCCACUCCACCCAUCCGUAAAAUCGGUGUGUUUACACACGCCGGGGCCUGGUACGAUGGAUGGGAGACGCGCCGCCACAACACCGAGCCUGCAGACUGGGUUGUCUUGAGGCUGGGAACUGCGAGCGGAAAAGUGGCCGGUGUUGAGAUUGACACUGCCUUUUUCAACGGCAACCAUGCUCCAGAAAUCGUCGUCGAAGGCGCUUUCAUCAGCAACGAGAAAGAUGAAGAGGAGGUGAAGAAGCCGAGUUUUACAGGCUGGGAGACGAUACUAUCCAAGCAGGAAUGUGGGCCCAGUCAGCGACAUGGUUGGAUGCUGCCCAACAUCACUGACAAAGCCUACACGCAUGUCAGAUUGCUCAUGUACCCCGACGGUGGUAUUGCGCGUUUCCGUCUCUACGGUGUCGCUGUUCCCGUCUUCCCAGAGUCUGCAGAUGCAGUGAUUGAACUCUCUGCCACUGUCAUGGGUGGUGUUGCAACAUCUUGCUCCGACCAGCACUUUGGCACAAAAGACAACCUCCUCCUACCUGGUCGCGGAAAAGACAUGGGCGAUGGUUGGGAGACAAAGCGCACUCGCGGUGAGCAUGUCGACUGGACAAUUGUCCGACUUGGAGCAAAGGGCGAGAUUGAUCGUAUUGUCGUCGACACUGCACACUUUAGGGGCAACUUCCCACAAAAAGUGCAGGUCUUUGCGGGUGCUUUUGACAAAGACCCGAGUCAUGACGAUGCAGGGUGGGUCGAGGUACUCGAACCGCAGAAAUCAGGUCCAGACACAGAACACGUGUACAAGGCUGAGUUGAAGGAAGUAUCAGGCAAAGGGUACACGCAUGCAAAGCUGGUCAUUAUUCCUGAUGGUGGAGUAAAGAGGUUUAGGGUCUUUGGAAAGCGAGUCUAGAUCUGCAGAUGAUUAAUACACAUUACACCUCCA